UUUUGGCAAAUAUACCUUAUAUUUCAAUUAUUAUUAAAAAAAAUUAUUGAAUGCAACUGAAAAGUGUGGAAGUCUAUGUUGAUGUUUUUUCUUCUUAAUAGCGAGUUCUUCUAAGCGAUAGCUUUCAAACUUCAUUAAAAUUAUUAUUAUUUUUUAAUAUAUACGUUUCUUUUUCGUGGUAUCAUGAGCAAACGCCGAGCGGCCACUGAACUCACUAAAGACAAUUGGGACGAUGAAGAAGAAAAAAUUGAAGUUGGAACAUUCCAAGUAGCAGAUGAAUCUAUAUUAAAAAAUAGGGUCUUAAAAAAAGCAAAAAGAACUUUGCAACGGGAUGAUAAUGGAGAACCCAAAUCAAUAUUUUCUGGUUUUGCCGGGUUUGGAAGUGGAAGCAGUAACACUAAACAAGCAUUUUCCUUUCUGUCUAAAUGCAACGAAACAUCUACUGCUCCUAGUUCAAGUGGGAAUCAUCCAUUUGCAUCUACUACUAAUUCAAUGACGACUUCUAGUAGUUUAAAAUUGCCAGAAAGUAAUAAUACCAAGAGUUCAAAUCAAACGCUUGUAGACCCAGUGAAAGUGAUGAAACUUAAUGAAGCAUUUGUCAAGUUCAUUACCAACGCUGUUCAAAAAAAUCCAUACUGUGUCUUAACACCUACUCUAAAAGAUUAUGAAAAACAAAUAAGCAAGUUUAUUGCUUUUAGCGGUUGCAAAACAAAUGUAUCGGAUUCUUCAAUAUCAUCUUCGAAAGAAUCACCUCAAGUUUCUUCAACAGAAAAUACAAUUAAAAUCAAUAAAAACGCUGAAGAAGUUAAAAAAAAUAUUUCCAGUAUUCAAGAUAAGCCCUCUACAUUUUUAAACCCAAAUAAUAAUACUGAAAACAAAGGAAUAUCUUUUAAGUUUAGCAAUUCUUGCCCAGUAACUUCUGCAUCUAGUUCAGCCGAAGGAUUGGAAAAAGAGAGUAAUAUACCAGUAGAGAAGAAACGAGAUGAAUCAAAAGAAGAAGAAAAAUCCAAUCCUUCAGCGCAAACCGAGUCUUUAGAUGGAAAAAAUGAAAUUCCAAAACCACCAGCAUUUAAUGGAUUUAAAACAAAUAGCAAUUUCAAAUUUAAUCCACAGAUUUUUGGAACACCUUCUGCUAAUAAAGAAUCGGAGUCUAGUGACAUAAAAACUUCACCUUUACAAAAGUCUUCUGAAAUAAAAUUAAGCUCAAUACCUUCAUUUAAUUUCGGAUCAAAUACUUCUUCAUUUUCAUUUAAUCCAAUGGAAAAAAAUGAUGGUAAACCAUUCUUUAAUUUUGGAGCCAAACCACCUUUAUUAGCAUCAACUACAGAUUUACCUAAGAAUCCUACAGAAACCUUACAGUCAAAAGAAGAAAAUGAAGAAGACGAAGAUCAACCACCGGUUGUCAGUUUUACACCAAUCAAAGAAAACGAUGCUAUUUUUGAAUCUAAAAGUAAAUUAUAUCUUUUUAAGAAUGGAAAAUAUGAAGAACAUGGAGUUGGUCAGCUAUAUUUAAAACGAGUUGAUGAUAAAAAAAUUCAGUUAAUAAUGAGAAAUGAUAGUGCGCUGGGAACUAUUAUGGCCAAUACGUUAUUAAAUGAUACAGUAAAUUUCACAAAGCGUAACCCAAAAAACGUUCAAUUAAUUUGUGUCUUAGAUCCUACUAAAAAUUCUAAACCGCAAACUGCAUUGUUCAAGUUCAAGGAUUCACAAACAACAGAUUUAUUUGAGAAUGAAUUAGCAAAACUCAAAACCUCUACCUAAAUAUGUUAAUUUUUCGUUUAAUCAAUAAUUGACUUUCUAAUAAUUUAUUUUUAUUUGUAAAGACUUGCAUGUUUAAGCACAUUACAUAAAUGUUAUAGGCAUUACAUCUUUACAUUUUUUACAAAAUAUUAAAUGAGUAAAUAAAUUUAAAAUAAAAUGAUUUACAUAAUUAGUUUUUAUUUAACAUUUUUAACCUCCAUGUAAUGUAGAAAUAAAUGUAAUGUUAUCAUUGUUCUUGAUUUGAUAAUCUAAAUUUCCCAAUAGUUCCCAGUCUUGAUCGUUGAUAGCUACGAUUAUACCCGGUCUAACGGUAUUACCCUUCAUGAAUAAAUCACAUUUUUCCUUGUUAACCAACAAAUUAUUUUUUAUCCAGAAUAGAAGUGAGCCGAGUGUCCAUUGUUUUUCUGUUGCUGGUAACACGAUAUCGUGCUUCUUAACAUUGUUAAAGAGAAUUUGAAGGCCGCUAGUGAAUUCGGUUGUUAUAGUAAGAUUUGUAUCAUUAUACGCCAUGUUCACUUAAGAUUUAAAGAAAUAGACACUUUUUGGUUAUUACAAUUAUUAUACUGUGUAGAACGUUAUUAAAAUAUAAAACAGCAACAAUUCAAUAGUUAAAUACUAAUAUCGAUUAUCGGUUGACAAAAUAA